AUGGCUGCUGAAAUUUCGAAAUUGAUUGGAUAUGAACUCCCUGACCGUCCUGUGUCAUGGCUGAAGCGGGAUCUUAUUCUGUAUGCACUUGGGAUUGGGGCAAAGGAUGACAGCGAUGAUCUCUCGUUUAUUUAUGACCCUAAUUUUUCCGCAUUCCCCACGUACCCUGUGGUUUUGACCUUCAAAGGUGACAGCCAGGAGCUAAAUCUAUUUGCGGAGACGAUGAAGUCGAGCGCGCUUCCUGGAUUGCCCCCAGUAGACCUGGGUAAAUCUGUCCAUGGCUCCCAGUCCAUUGAAAUACUCAAGCCUCUGCCUCUUGCAAGUGGCCCUGGAUGGAAGUGGAAGACAAAGUACACUGGUGUCUCGGAGAACAAAAGUGGUGUUGUCAUCACCAAUGAAAAUCUUCUCGUUGAUCCUCAGGGGGUCCCCUAUGCUAGACUCUACAGCUCGUCCUUCAACAUCGGAAUGAAGAUUACUGGACAGAAGUUUGCUAAAGUGAUUGCUGGUCCUCCGCAAGCAAAACCCAUCCCAAAAGACAGGAAAGCUGAUUGGGUGGUGAGGCAACAGAGUGCUCCUGAUCAAGCUCUCUUAUACCGACUUUCUGGGGAUUAUAACCCUCUUCACAUUGACCCUCAAGUGGGGCGCGCAGCCGGAUUUGGCGGCACAAUCCUCCAUGGUCUGGCAACCUUUGGCUUUGCAGCCCGCGCACUUCUGAAUGCUAUUGCAUAUAACGAGCCAGAAUCACUCAAAUUCUUCGGCGUAAGGUUCACUUCACCUGUAAAGCCUGGUGAUGUUCUUGAGACGCAUGCUUGGGAAGUGGGACCUGGCCCGGACGGCACUAUUGAAGUGGCGUUUGUCACAAAGAAUCUUACAAGUGGAAAGGAUGCACUUGGGGGUGGCAUUGCAUACAUCACGAAAGCUCAGGCUAUCCUAGCCGCGUUGUAG